CAUUCAGCCUCCUUCGCGAUUGAUUCUCCAAGACCGAGAUAUUAGCAAUACAGGCAAACCCGUCGCCCGGAGUGAAGCCAGAGUUGCGCUCUAUUCGAGGAGCGGCCGCAGAGACUGUGAGGCGUCACCUGCCAGCGGGUCCCGCUUCAGCAAGGAGGGUACGUCAGGUCCGGCGCCCUCGCCGAACGUCGCCACGAUCGCGCUCAUAUUUGCCCUCGCAGUGUCGGACACACAAGGUAUGAGUUGGCCAAGUGCACUCUGCUAGAGACGAGAAAAGCUUGGGAAAAUCUUGGACGGACGUGGAGAUUGCGCAGCAUCGGCUUCAUCGAAAGCUGCCCAGAGCCGCAAACCGAAGUCGACUAAUCAUCGGCCCAUUGCAAACGUCCGCAUCGGCAGCCAUCUUCGCUCGCUCAUUACUCCUUUAAUACCGUCCGAUUGUGCACAGAAUUAAUGAAUGAACUUUCUUGUUAAGCGGCCACAGGAACCUACAACUACGACCGCUUGGAAUUGCAGCCCGCUAAUCUGAACAUAUUUCCAUACACUGAUCUGGCUACGAUGGCGGAAUCAAACGGCAGUGAGAAGCCCGUAAUCUCAGAUGCACAGCUGUCUGAAGUUAUACCUUCGAUCAUAGAGGACUGCCUCUACAACAUAAUACACGAUAUUGUUUUGGAGGUACAUCGCACCGAGAAACAGCUUCGCAUGACAUCUGUUGCGGUCCAAGCUGAGCGAAUCGCCUCACAAGCAAGCGGAGCGCCUCCCACACCUACAACUUCGAAUUCUACGCCUUCGAAAGCUGGCGGCCCACCUUCUACAGCGCCACAAAUAAGCAUUCCCGUGCCUGGAGGCCACUACGAAAAUGGAAAGGUGUACUUAAAAGGCAACACAUUGAAACAGGUGAAAGAUAUAUAUUGCCCACACUGCAAGCUCCCCCGGCUCCUCUUUCCUGUAACAGGAGCGGGAGCACGCCUCCCAGACGACCCAAACGUGCAGUACUGCAACCUGCAUCCCUUCAUUCAAAAGCCAGGUCAUGACAUAUAUGGAAAUCCUUUCCCAAUAGAUCAGACGAAUAAAACCAAGAGGGAAAGAGAGCUCAUCAAGAAGCAAGAGAAGGCGGAGAGGGAUAACACUCCGGGCAGCCAAGACACAAAUGAAGACGGUGGAAUAACGGGUGAGCAAUUUGUAAAACGCAUGCUUUCUGGUGGCAAGCCUGCAAGUUAUGUGCCAUGGCACACGUGUCCGCUGUGCAAACGUAGCUUGCUUAUCACGAAGUUUGCGCAGCAUCUAGAAAAAUGUCUAGGCAUCGGUGGUCGAGCAGCUCGAAAUACAGCGGCUGCUCGUCUCUCAGGUAUGAAUGGAAGCGCGAGUGGCAGCGUACAAGGCAGCCGGAUGGGCACUCCUACUCCUUCUUCCCAAGGACGCCGAGAUCAAGACGACGACGAUGACGACACGGGUCCACCGAAGAAAAAGAGCAAGAAGGAAUUGUCUUUCAAAAAGGACAAAAAGGAGAAACUCAAAGAGAAGCUGAUCAUCAAGGUAAAUGCCAACGCAAAAGACGGCAAAAAACUCUCGAAGGGCGCAACGAGCAACCCGACCGAAAACGGGAAGGGCGAUGGCACGCCAAGCAGGAAGCGAGAUAGAGAAGAUACGGCUGAUGAUAUACCCUUGGCAAAGAAGGCCAAGAUCAAAGGAGAAGACAGCAGCACUGGGAGUCCGUGAGCUCCCUGGUGCACAUAUGACUGUCAGUGCAAGGAAGGACGAGUUUAGCAUAUAAUGAGCGAGGGACUUUAGGCGUUGGGUGCGGACUGCAAUGUUUAUCGAAAGUCAGCGUAUACUAUACCAUUACAACGCAGAAGGGUCAGGGCGACGUUGCACGUCGGAUGGAUUUGCAUUCUCACAGGCGUCGUGGAAGGUACAGGGCCAUGUAUCGUUACCCCUACAUCAUCAGCAUCUCGAUAUCUACUCGAAAUUACUAGUGACAGGAGUAAUGGUCUCCCGAAUACAGAUGAGUUCACAUUUAC